AAUGUCGCUAAAAUCAUCAAAAUACCGAAUAUCGGGAGGUACCGUUAUAUGGGGGCUAUAUGAUAACUUGGACCUACAUGGCCCAUUUACGAACUUAACCUGCCUACUGGGAAAAUAUACAUGUGCAAAAUUUUAGUCUUCUAUCUCAAUUUGUUCGAAAGAUAGCGUGAUUACAACAGACAGACGGACAUGGCUAAAUCGUCUUAGAAUUUUACGCUGAUCAAGAAUAUAUAUACUUUGUUGGGUCUGACAUGAAUAUUUCGAGGAGUUACAAACGGAAUGACAAAAUUAAUAUACCCUCCAUAGUAUGGUGGAGGGUAUAAAAACAAAUCAUGAAAAUACCGAAUAUGGGGAGGUACCGUUAUAUGGAGGCUAUACGAAAAUAUGGACCUACACACACUAUAUUUGGGGGCUAUAUAUAGGAGGGAAGCAAUACAUUUAAUCAAUUUGACUAUUAUAAUGUUGUUAAAAAUGCAUAAUACAAUACUAUAGCCCAGCAAUGAGAACCAAGUCAUCUAGUUUUAUAUAUCUAUGAGAUGGAUAUUUUCCAUUUUUAACAGAGCAAAGAGACGUUAGGAAAGGAUGCGUCUACAAAUAAUUAUGAAUUAUCCAAACUGAUUGAUGUAAGCCUUCAUGCAGGCUCAAGAGUCAGAUUUAGACAUUUAUAUAAAUUUUAUCAUUAAGUGGUUUAGGCGAUACAUUUUUAUGUUUUUAUAUCCCGAUGAAAUGUGCAAAGAUCGUAAGAGAAUACGUGAUGGUAACACUUUAUGCCGCUAGAAUAGCAUUUAUAAUGAAAGAUAUUGUCUAACAAAAAUGCACUCAGCAGGUGGGUUUAAUCGCACAAUAGAAUUAGAACCUCUUGGAAUGAACUUGAAAAAUUUCAAAAAAAAAAAAAACUUCCGGAAACUACCACUUAAAUGAAAACUGUUAUAUGAAGACUAUACAAAUGCGUGGAUCUGCUUACGAAAGUUUUUAGAACCUACAUAUAAUUUCUUUGUCUUAGGCUAUAGUACCUUAAAUAUGAAAUUUGUUACAAUUCCGGUGAAUAAUGUUGCUGAAAUCAUCAAUAUACCGACUAUCGGGAGGUUCCGUUAUGUGAAAGUUAUACGACGACGUGGACUUGCAUACACAAAUAUUUGUCAUAGGCUGUAGUACCCAUUACGAACUUCAAAUACGAAAUUUGAAAUGAUUCCGAAAAUUAAUAUCGCUAAAAUCAGGAAAAUACCGAAUAUCGGGAGGUACCGUUAUAUGGGGGCUAUACGAAAAUGUGGACCGACAUGGCCCAUUUACGCACGUAACCUGGUACUGGUAAACUAUGCAAGCAUGCAAAAUUUUAGCCUUCUAUUUCAAUUCCUUCGAAAGAUAGCGUGAUAACAACUGACAGAGAGACAGAUAUCGCUAGAUCGUCUUAGAAUUUUACGCUCCAGAAUAUAUAUAUACUUCGUAGGGUCUAUUAUAAAUAUUUCGGGCAGUUACAAACGAAAUGACAUACUUAAUAUACCAUAUAUUAAUAUCAGGUGAGUGAGUACGUUAUAUGGGGGGACAUAUCAAAAAGGGUACCCAUUUAGACAUCUUUAUAGUACAAGUCUUAAAAGCCAAAUUUGAAAAAAUUCCGUGAGUAAAUGUGACAAAGAUUAUCAGAAAACCGAAUAUCAGUAUGGCGGCUAUAAGAAAACAUGGGUAUAGAUAUUCAAUCUGCUGUUGCUGUAGCGGAAACCAUUCAGAACUACAAAUACCAAUUUUUAGACGAAUACGUGGAUAAUGUGACCAAAAUCAUCAAAAUACCGAAUAUCGUGAGGUAUCGUUAUAGGGACCAAUACAUAUAAUGUUCUGCCACCGAAACCCAUUAUGACUUACAAAUACCAAUUUUUAGACGAAUUUGUGGAAAAUGUGGUACAAUCUUGAAAAUAUUCAAUAUCGGAAGGUACCGUUAUAUGGGGGCUAUACGAAAAUAUGUGCCUAUACAUACAAUGUUCCUCCACCGGAACUAUAUAGUGGUACCUUCCUAUAUAGCGGUACCUUCCCACGAAUAUGUCUAAAAAUUGGUAUUUGUGGGUCAUAAUUGGUUCUAGUGAUUCCAUUCCCCUAAGGUGGAGGAUAUUAAAAGUUCGGCCCGGCAAACUUAAUGUUUUCUUACUUGUUUAUUUUAUUUAUUUCAACUUGGUUUUUAUACCCUCCACCAUAGUAUGGAGGGUAUAUUAAGUUUGUCAUUCCGUUUUUAACAUUUUAGACCCCACAAAGUAUAUAUAUUCUUGAUCAGCAUAAAAUUAUAUGUCGAUUUAUCAAUGUUCGCUAGUCUUUCCGUCUGUCCGUCUGUGGAAAUCACUAGCUUCCGAACGAAGUGAAGUAUGUUGAUAAAAUUUUACUCAAAUAUGUACUAUGUCUGCAGGACUUUUGGUAUUGAAAAUGGGCCAUGUAGGUCCACGUCUUCGUAUAGCCCCCAUAUAACGGUACCUUCCGAUAUGCGGUAUUUUGACGAUUCUAGCGACAUUUUUUUACCGGAAUUGCUUCAAAAUUAAUAAUUAAAGUUCGUAAUAGAUGCUGAGGCUGAAGACAGAAAAUAGGCCAUGUGGGUCCACGUUAUAUUGGGGCUAUACGAAAUUUUUCAAUAAUUUAUAAGUUUUAUUUCACUAGAUUUUAAGUUUUUGAUUAAAAUAUUUUUACAUUGAGUAGUUUGUAGGUUUUAUGAAGUAAGUUUUACAAUUUUUACACCUUUUUGUUGUAUGUUCUUGUUUUGUAAAGAUUCUUCUUGUAUGUUAAAUUUUCACUGAUUUUUUUUGUUUGUAAUAGUUAUUAAUUUUGCUUUUUUCUUUUCUGGGGGUAAGCUUGUCUUCGCGACGGUAAUUACAUGAAAACUGAUUGAUGUCCAAUUUGCGUCGUCACAGCAAACCAGUUUUUGGCCAGCAAGGGCGUAAUACGUGAAACAUCUCGUGGGGUCUUCUAGGAUGGGGUCUGCAUUUACCUACAGACUCCAAGUGCUGUUUGUGCGGCGGGGCGAAACGUUGAAGGUGGUGAAUCGCUCCCCUUUGUAAACUCGCGACUGCAGACCCAGUCGACGGAACGCGGCAUACGAAAUCUUAGAUAUCGUCGCAUAUUGGCUAAUGAUGGCUCGUAGCGUACUAAAACCCUCCAUGCCCUCGGCCGUUUUGCGUACCAUCGCUGUUGGUACAAAAACCAAAUCCCAUGCGAAGGCUGGGGUGGUGACGGCUUCUAUGUUGAGGGAUACAUCGUCCAAUUAAGACGCCCCGUGCAAUAGGGUAUGGUGGCGGUCGUUGCAUCUCCGGCAACCAGUUAAUGACGGACAGUCGGGGGCCAAAUGACUUCUCGCCAGGCAAUUUCUUCAAUACCCCCGACGGUCCACGGUCUCAUACCGCUGGAAGGGCGUCUGCCGGCGGAACCUCUCACAAGCACCGAGGACAUGGUCAUCUUGGCAGACCCCACAAGAAUAUUGCCAGUAACUGGAUCUCUCAUAGCGUGACCGUAUGGGUCUAUUGGCGCUUCUUGGUGAUCGACGGGAAGGUGAAGCUGGGUUACCCAUGUGCUGGGCAAGUCCAUGUGCGGAGCACCAGGAGGAAUAAAUUUCCAAGUCACUUGCCUUAAGGAAUGCCAGCAAGGAAAGGACUACUUGCACCGCAAAACACUUUUUUGGAUACGAUUGCCACUCGGUUUGAUGGAACCCAUUCAAACUUUGUUUUGGGCAAUGCCCAGGCGAAUGGAAAUCCAAUUGUAUAUUGUUCGGAUGGCUUCGUGGAUCUGACCGGAUAUUCACGUGCUCAAAUUAUGCAGAAAGGAUGCUCGUGCCAUUUCUUGUACGGACCAGAAACAAAAGAAGAUCACAAAAUACAAAUAGAGAAAAGCUUGAUUAACAAAACAGAACUUAAACUUGAAGUGAUAUUUUAUAAAAAAGAUGGCUCUCCCUUCUGGUGUCUUUUUGACAUUGUUCCUAUCAAAAACGAAAAGCGGGAAGUUGUCUUAUUCCUAGCAUCGCAUAAAGAUAUAACUCAUACAAAAAUGAUGGAGAUGAAUGUUAAUGAAGAAUGCGACAGCGUUUUUGCACUUACAGCUGCAUUGUUAGGGGCUCGCUUUAGAGCUGGUUCUAAUGCUGGUAUGCUUGGCCUUGAAGGUCUACCUGGACUUAGCGGACGAAUGUCCCAUAGCAAUAAUGAUGGAGAUUUAGAUAACGCGGAAUGCAAAAAUAUAAAUGCACCUUCUAGUUGUAAUAUGGGGAGACGUCGCAGCCGGGCAGUUCUAUACCAACUCUCUGGACACUAUAAGCCCGAAAAAGGUGUAAAGAACAAGCUGAAGCUAGGAAAUAACCUUCUACAUUCAACUGAGGCGCCAUUUCCAGAGUAUAAAACUCAAUCAAUAAAGAAAUCCCGAUUCAUAUUACCGCAUUAUGGAGUUUUUAAGGGAUUUUGGGACUGGAUUAUUUUGGUAUCAACGUUUUAUGUGGCAGUAUUGGUUCCAUAUAAUGCGGCAUUCGCAAAAUCAGACCGACAAACUAUGAUUUCAGACGUGAUAGUUGAGGCACUAUUUAUAGUAGAUAUUUUGCUGAAUUUUCGCACAACAUAUGUAUCCAGUAAAGGAGAAGUAGUUUUGGAUUCGAAAUUAAUAGCUAUUAAUUAUUUGAAAGGGUGGUUUGUUGUUGACUUGCUAGCGGCUUUACCAUUCGACCACUUGUAUGCAUCCGAUUUGUACAAUGGAGAAGAGUCGCACAUUCACUUGGUGAAACUUACACGUUUAUUACGUUUAGCACGUUUACUGCAAAAGAUGGACAGAUAUUCACAGUACACAGCAAUGAUUCUAACGUUAUUGAUGCUCUUGUUCUCUCUAGUGGCUCAUUGGUUGGCUUGCAUUUGGUAUGUGAUUGCUGAAAAGGAAAACACGUUUAAUGAACCUGGCUGGGACAUAGGUUGGAUGCACGCACUUGCUGAACGAUUGAAAAUAUCAACAACAAAUAUUUCCAACGCAGAAGCUUAUUCGACAGCACUGUAUUUCACAUUUACAAGUCUAACAUCUGUUGGAUUUGGCAACGUUUCAGCCAACACAACUGCCGAAAAAGUUUUUACAAUCAUUAUGAUGCUAAUCGGAGCUUUAAUGCAUGCUGUUGUAUUUGGAAAUGUUACUGCCAUUAUACAGCGCAUGUAUUCCAGACGAUCCCUGUACGAAAGCAAAUGGCGCGACCUUAAAGAUUUCAUUGCUCUACAUCAGAUACCAAAAGAACUAAAGCAGAGAAUCGAGGACUAUUUCCAAACAUCAUGGUCUCUCAACCAUGGAAUAGAUAUUUAUGAGACAUUACGAGAAUUUCCAGAGGAAUUAAGGGGAGACGUAUCAAUGCAUCUACAUCGUGAAAUUUUGCAAUUGCCUAUAUUUGAAGGAGCGUCUCAGGGGUGUCUAAAACUUUUAUCACUUCAUAUAAAGACAAAUUUUUGUGCACCAGGGGAAUAUUUAAUACAUAAAGGCGAUGCCCUAAAUUAUAUUUAUUACCUUUGCAAUGGUUCUAUGGAAGUAAUGAGAGAUGAUAUGGUUGUUGCUAUUCUCGGAAAGGGCGACCUGGUUGGAUCGGAUUUAAACCUCCAUCUUGUUGCUACAUCCAAUGGGCUACUGACUGCAACAACAAACUGCGGUGGCCAAGAUGUUGUUGUAAGAAGCAGCAGUGACAUAAAGGCACUCACAUACUGCGAUUUAAAAUGUGUGCAUAUGGGUGGUUUGGUUGAAGUCUUGCGAUUAUAUCCAGAAUACCAGCAGCAGUUCGCCAACGACAUUCAACAUGAUUUGACUUUUAAUCUGCGUGAAGGCUACGAGUGUCAUGACUCAGAUAUUGGGCCUACUUUUCCAUUGCCUAGCAUUAGUGAAGAUGACGAAAAUCAACCAGAAGUUGAAAAUAAGGAGGAUGAGGUUGAUAUUGAAGUCUGUACAGACACAACUGUUUCGCCCCAUCAUAGCAUCACUACACCAUCACCUCUACAUGCACGUUCUCCAUUGUUGACCGUUAACAGCCCACGACUGUUAAAGUCUUACAGAAAAGGUCGCUCCUUGAUAACGCUCAGAGAACGGGUUGAGCGUCAACGGUCGGUAAAUGUGACAUCAAGUGUUGAUACAACCUCAUUAGAAGAAGACUUUCAUGAUAAUGAUAAUGAUACCCAUAAUAUUGAACACGAUAACCAUAAAAAUCUUUCACUAGAGAGAUUGGAUUAUCAGGUUAAUACCUUACACCAAGAUAUGACACAACUAAGUUUUGAAGUUCGAAAUGCGCUGCAAGCAUUGCAAGAAAUGUCUAUUCCAAAAAAUAUAGCACAUACGAAGUGCAAAUUUCUUCCAACUCGUUCCAUUCCCAAUAUAAGUACUGCUUAUGCCCCGGUUUCAGAGUGUAGGUCUACUAGUAAUACGGAAUCACCACUUCAACGUUGCUCUUCACAUCCUCCACAAAUUUGGUGGCGUGAAAUGGAAGAACAAGUUCGAGGAAAUAAAGACACAUGCACACUUACAUGUACAAACACCACUUACGAUUCUCCGAAUGAGUUACAGCGAACUUCUCGUGCAUGUCAAACUGAUGUAGAAAUUAUCGACUAUAGAAAAUUGGAAGAAUUUGUUGUUUCCAAUCCUCAGAUGGUACUUAGUUUGUUAAGUACAACAAUGGGCUUAAAGACUGACAAUAUAGAAACGCAGGCAACAUUUAAGUCACCUUUAAGAACUAUAAAGGAAAAACUCGAUAAAAUCAGUUACGAUGACAGUUACCACGAUGACGAUCAAACGGCCGACUUUAAUCUAAAUAUGAGUUUCGGCAGCUGUUGUCCCUCAACGGAAGCACUUCUGCAAGUAGAUAGAUCCCUUUCCCCAGCGCCAAUGCAUUUUAGUUAUAUGAUAAACGACUCAGAGAAAUUGGAAUACUCAAAAUGGCUCCACCGCAGUAAUGAUAAUUCUAGCUCUUCCAGCAACAACACUCAGACAUCGUCGCAGUCAAUUGUGCAUGUACCAUCUGCAAAUAAGUUGAAACAUAUUCAUCCGUUCCAAUUUUUAACUACAAAGCAAGACAAUUUUUUGAGCGGGGAGUACCAACGGUUACAUGAAAACGAGUCGGAACCAACAAUUAAAUAUAAACAAAAAUGUUCAUCGUUGUGGUGUAUUGACAAUGGAUCACCACAUCUUUCCAUACGAAAUAGUAUUUUAUCUCGCCAUCAAAAAGCAACUCCGAACAGGGCAAUACAUCGAUUUUCAGCGGGUGACGCUGACAUACUCGAAAAAGGUUUAUGCACAUUACCUUCCGCGCGUUUACUUCGUGAAUCUAUUUCACAAUAAGAGCAUAUUUAUGUCGUUUUGCUAACAUACUUAAUACGCUUCCCUUAUUUAGGCAAUAACGCACGAAAUGCAAUCAACAUAUCACUGUUGACGAGGCCCUUUCGAAGACGUCUGCGUAAACUCUGUGACGAGAUAAUGCCAAUUAUAUCUAAUACGCUUGUUUACAAAUAUAUUAAAUAUGCAUGCAUUUGAAGAGAUUUAAAUUAAUAUGUAUGUGCAUUACACCCGAUCAUGUAAAGAAUAUAUGUAUUACGGUAUUGUAAGGAAUCAUAUUUGUUCUAUUAAAAUGUAAAUUUGAUAUUUAUUGAGUGUUUUAGGAAUGUAA